AUGAUGACCAAGCCUUACGGGAAGACAGGAGAUGUGACGGAGCUGGUGAGCUCUCUGGGCUGGAUCGAUGAGGACGCUAGCUCCCAGGACAGGGAAGGUGCAACUCAGAUGGGCUGCUAUGGGAUCAGUGGCAGCGGGCAAAGGGGCGGGGAGCUGGGCAGUGAGGAAGUGGAAGAGGAGGAGGAGGAGGAGGAGGAAGAGGAGGACUGCGGGGAGGAUGGAGAGAAGUUUCCCAAGAGGAGAGGACCCAAGAAGAAGAAGAUGACCAAAGCCCGGCAGGAGAGGUUCCGUGCUCGGCGGGUAAAAGCCAAUGCCCGUGAGCGCUCACGCAUGCAUGGCCUCAACGACGCCCUAGACAAUCUGAGGCGUGUGAUGCCCUGCUAUUCCAAAACUCAGAAGCUAUCCAAGAUAGAGACGCUGCGACUGGCACGUAACUACAUCUGGGCCUUGUCUGAGGUUCUGGAGAGUGGCCAGUCCCUGGAGAACCCAGGCUUUGUGGAAAUGCUAUGCAAGGGUCUCUCUCAGCCCACCAGUAACCUGGUUGCUGGGUGUCUGCAGCUGGGAGCUGCUCCUAUGCUGCUUGACAAGCUGGACGAGAAGUGCUCCGGGCCAGGAGUUGUAGGGGUCGUGGGAGGAGGACAACAAAGACACCCCUUCAGCUACCCCUCCCCAGGCUUGCCCAGCCCUCCUUACGCCUCGUUAGAGGCCUCCCACCUCAUGCACUUAAAGGGCUUUAAGGGGACGGCCUACGAGAACCCCUCUCCUAACGAGUGCAGUAGCGGCACUCCCCCCUAUGACGGGCCCCUCACACCCCCCCUUAGCAUCAGCGGCAACUUCACCCUCAAGCAGGAGCUCUCCCCCCACGAGACGGAGAGGAGUUACCCACCACACCCCACCCACUUUCUCUCCUUGCACCAAUACCCGCCCUCCUCCAUGGGGGGCCUGCAGGGCCCUCAGGGCCAUGCCCUCUUCCAGGCGUCCCGUUAUGAACUGCCCCUGGACAUGGCCUUUGAAACUUUCACCCCUCCCCACAUGGUGGCAGCACAGAUGGGCACAAUUUACAAUGACUGA